UUUAAAAAUAAAAACCAUCGCCAGUAGUGACAGGACAGGCUCUGUACAACUACACAACCGAGAGAUGACAGCACACAUUAGGUAAUGUGAUAGCUAUCUAACUAGCUAGCUUUUGAUUGUUUUGACUGUUUCUACAUAGUUUUAUUGAUUUGGCAACCGUACUUAGUUGAGUGAUAGGUUGCUACGUCUGUAAUGUAAUAACAGUAGAAGAGCUAUAUGAGUGCCCCGACCGACUGCCCGACCACCUAGUCCAGCAGCAGCAGGUCCUCAGUUAGCUACAGUACCACUGAUCUGGCUCCUAGCCUGCCACAGAGCAUCACAUAGACAAUACGUCUGGGACAGGUGCCUCAGUGCCCAACUCUCUCUCUCUGUAGGGCUGAGGGGUAAGGGUGAUGUCAGAGGGCCUGGGGCCAGAGGGGGGGCACUCACAGCCUGCCCCCACCAUCACUGUUCAGGACCUGUCAGACAGACCUGCACAUACACCUCUGGACAGGAUCACACCUGCGCACACACUUCUGGAUGGGAACACGCCUGUGGCGCAGGUGUCUGGCGUGGUGGUGGAGGAGACCUCCCCUUCCUCCACUUCCUCCUUCGAGUUGGUUGACAUGGAGCCAGCCCCGCCCCUGUACCAGCCCGUGCAACCCCAUUGGUUCUACUGUCGCCGUGCCGACUCCAAGGAUGUGUGGCUCCCUUUCAGCAGAGAGGACUCGGAGAGACUGGAACAGGCCUUGUCUACCGGAGGAGAGGUGGUGGUGGCAGUAGAAGGGGAGAGGUAUGACGUGCGUGUUCGGGAGCGGCAGAGGUAUGCGGUGUACUGGGAGCAGGGCCCGUCAGAGGUGCGACGCUGUACCUGGUUCUAUAAAGGAGAUAAAGAUACCAGAUACAUGCCCUACCCUGAGGAGUUCAGCACCAACCUGGAGGAGGCCUAUAUGAUAGCAGUGACUCUAGAUGAGUGGAAGAGGAAGCUGGAUUUUCCUUCAGGAGAGACAGUCAUCCUGCACAACCCUAAACUGAUCAUGCAGUACCAGCCAAUCGCGUUGCAGGACGAGUGGGUCUCCUCUCCCUCGGAGCAGACUCGCCCACGUACUGUCAAGAGGGGUGUCGACAACAUCACAGCAGAGAUACCUGACGGUGAACCAGAGACAAUAGAUCACCUGGUAUUCAUGGUUCACGGCAUCGGCCCCGCCUGUGACAUCCGCUUCAGAUCUAUCAUACAGUGUGUGAAUGACUUCAGGAGUGCGUCCCUAUCCCUACUGGGGAGCCAUUACAGGAGAGGCCAGGAGGAGGGCAGGGUGGGCAGAGUGGAGUUCCUACCUGUCAACUGGCACAGCGCACUACACGGAGACGCCACUGGAGUAGACGAGGACAUUCAGAGGAUCACUCUCCCCAGUAUCAGUCGUCUGAGACAUUUCACCAAUGACACUCUGCUCGACCUGUUCUUCUACAACAGUCCUACCUACUGCCAGACCAUAGUGGACACUGUGGCCUCCGAGGUUAACAAGCUCCACUCACUGUUCAAACACAGACACCCAGAGUUCACUGGAGCAGUGUCUGUGGUUGGACACAGCCUGGGCUCGCUGAUCCUGUUUGAUCUGCUGACCAAUCAGAAGACAGGAUCAGGAGAGGCAGACAGAGAUGAGGGUCGUAACCGUGACCCCUGCCCUCUGACCUGUGAUGCGUUGGAGCAGGUUCUAUGCAGAAUGGGCCUCCAGGAGCACCUGGGUACACUACAGAGCGUGGACCUAGACCUUGACUCACUGGCUAUGUGUGACGAAACUGACCUGACAGAGCUCGGAAUCCCUCUGGGACCGAGGAAGAAGAUCCUCAGCUUCAUACGGAAGAGACACUUCCCACAGGAGGGUCGGCAGGGAACGGUGCUUUUGGCCCCCGGGCUGCAGGCACCUCCAGACCCCUCCGAAGAUUCCCCCUCUCCCACGGUUAGCUUUGGCAACCAGUCUCCAGGGGCGUCAGCACGCCAACAGCAGUUUCUCAGAGCCCAGUCCAUAACCAGCGCCGUUGACUACGAAUACUUCGACGUGGGCAUUGGACAGACCAACGGGGGCAUAGCCAAGGGACAGGUGUCCAUUAACUACCCCCAGCUGGCAUUCCAUCCUCAGACCUUCUUUGCGUUCGGUUCUCCCAUCGGAAUGUUCCUGACCGUCCGUGGACUCAAACGCAUCGACCCAAACUACACCUUUCCCACCUGCAAGAACUUCUAUAACAUAUACCACCCUUUUGACCCUGUGGCCUAUCGGAUCGAGCCCAUGAUUGUGUCUGAGUCAGACCUAGAGCCCAUGCUGAUCCCACAUCACAAGGGCCGCAAGAGGAUGCACCUGGAGUUGAAAGAGAGUCUGACGCGGAUGAGUACUGAUCUGAAGAAUAACGUUCUCGGCUCGUUUCGUACUGCCUGGCAGUCUCUGGUCCGAAUGCCUGUCGCUGCACUGCCCCCGGUGGAGGAUGGAGAAACUACAGCAGAGAGAUCCCUGCAGGAGACAGAGACCCCUGCGGCAGCCUGCGCUGCUGUGAGGGAAAAGAGUAAGGCUGAUUUGUGGACAAAAAUUCUGGAGUGGCCCAAAGCCCUUCACUUACAUUACUUCCAAGGUGUGCAUGAAGAGGCAGAGUCUCCAGGGUCGGGGGAGGAGGAGGGGCGUCAGGUGAAGGUGGGAAUGCUGAAUGGAGGGCGGAGGAUAGACUAUGUACUGCAGGAGGCACCCAUUGAGAGUUUCAACGAAUAUCUGUUUGCCAUCCAGUCCCACCUCUGCUACUGGGAGUCUGAGGACACUGCUCUGCUGCUGCUAAAGGAGAUCUACGACAAACUGGGUGUGGCCUUUGAGCAGCCACAGCAAUAACAAAGGCUUUAUAAACACAGAGACCGGUAUAAAGGCUUAAUAACAACACAUGAAUUCCAUGGAGAUGCACCGAUGAGGCACUAUGCUUUAUUAGGAGCUGAAAGCAGUAAGGCAAGUAAGUCAGUAAAAACACAGAGAUAUAAAUAUUGAAUAACCACAGAGUUUUAAAGGCUUUAUAAACACACAGAGAGGGCUAUAAAGUCUUUAUACAUACACAGAGCGUUAUUUAUAAGUUACUAAAAUGUAAUGAAAGCAACAUGAAAAAGGACAUGCAGCCACUGCUCUCUCCCAGAAUGCCUUGUGUCUGAGCCUCACAAAACCGUUGAGUCACCUCCUCGGACAGAUGGCGUCUGCCUCUGGGUGUGUGUGUGUCAAGGGUGUGACAGAGAAUUGCUCCUUGAAGAACCAAACCUGUCCCAGCUGACAUGAAGAGGACUGGAGAACCCAUUGGAGAUGAGCUCUCUAGUACAUUUUUAUCUCUGAAAUUUCUCAUCCUGUGACCACAUGGGCAGCAACAUUGAAGACUAUCCACGUGAGCCCUCUACCCAACUCUAUGGGAGAACCAUAGUUAAGACUGGUUUUCCAUUUUCCUAAAACCACACUGAAGGACCUGGGUUUGAGCCGCUGGAUCCUCCUGUUGCAGGGGUAGACUGCAUUUAACAUGUGUUUUACUAAAGAAUCAGAUCCUGUUUGAUCAUGUCUGGAUCAUAACCUUUAUAUACGUUAUUUUCAGGUCAUUUCUUUUUACUUUGCCUUAGACUUGACAUGUCCUAUAAUACAUUUACAACAACAGAUCAUGCAGGAUGAUAAUUCCUCUCCUGUGUGUUUAGUGCAUGUCUCCAGAAGGUUGUAUACCAGUUCGUAUCAGUACGUGCUUGACUACCAAAAAGGUAACACUUUACUUAGAUGCUGCUUAAAAUUAAGGCUUAGAAAAGCAUUUUAUAAAGGGUAUAUAAACAUGUAGGGCAUUACAACUCUUUACGUCAUGCAUAUGAAGGCUGCAUGUCACUCUUAAGUAAAGUGUUACCAUAAAAAGUACUCCACCCAUAAUUCCAGUGCAAUGUGAUGUUCUGAUAAUCUCACUCCUCUCUAGAUUAACUGACUGACUAUAGAUAAUUACGUUUUUGGAUUUAUUUGUAUCAUGUAAAAGCUAAUUAUUAAAAUGAUUGUAAAAAAUAA